AUGGCCGUCCUCAAGUGGGAAACGACCAUAUUGCUCCAUAGAAUGAUCGUGAUCAUCUACCAUAACACCCCGAACGCCCUUCUCCUCAGCGUUGUUCUGGGCCCCCGAGUUCGCUUGGUUCGGCGUCCAUUUUGCUGGGCUCUUAAGCCAGUUUCAAUUGCCUCCUAUGCCAAGAACAUCACCAACAUUAUCAGCAACCGUCCCCUUCUUGCCGAGGCCAUUCUGAACAGACACCUCGACAUGAACGGACGAUGGGUGCUCAUGGGGCAAGCAUUAUGCGAACACUUCGGUGGAAACAUUGCCAGAUCCAGUGGAGAUAGUUAUGACGGCACUGGUGUCAUUUAUGACACCAUUGACGAGGCAGCAGACUUAGGACCUGCUGUUGUUGACUCCGUGCUGGACUACUCCCAGAAGAUGGACGUUGAUGUGCAAUUCGAGAUUCUCUCAAGCCCCUGUCAAUCACAAAGCCUGUGGCCCUGA